GAGGAAGAGAGUCGUACUGCUGUUGAUGACAAUGUUGUUGAUGACAAUGUUUCAGCAGGUUCGGGAGGAAGAGAGUCGUACUGCUGUUGAUGACAAUGUUGUUGAUGACAAUGUUGUUGAUGACAAUGUUGUUGAUGACAAUGUAUCAACAGGUUCGGGAGGAAGAGAGUCGUACUGCUGUUGAUGACAAUGUUCUCUGUUGGGGACUUGACCAUCAACUGGCUUCAGUCCCUGAACGUGAUCAUCCUCGUCCGGUUUUUGAUGGGCUUCACCGCCCCAAUAUUACUAUGCUCGUCUUACAACCUGUGCAUGGAGAUCUGUGAGCUACGAUACCGCUCCCUGUACGGCAUCCUAAACGGAUUGCCUUGGGGCCUGGCGACCGUCCUGUACGGCGCGGUUGCCUACUUCGUCAGGGAUUGGCGGUGGCUGCAGUUUACCAACGCCCUGCUGUGUGUCCUGAUCCUGCCCCUCAUGUGGUGUCUGGACGAGUCUCCGCGCUGGCUUGCUGUUAACGGGCGCACAAAACAGGCGCUUGCAGUUAUUCGAUCAGCAGAACGUCUCAAUAUGAGCGCCUUGCCAUCAGAUGAGCAUUUAAUUUCUGUGCUCGUGAGCACACACGAGUCGUCUGUGGGUUUCGGCAAAACGGACAGAACUAAUUUACAAGUACUGAUUCUGGAAAUUUCCACGUUAUUUCACAAAGCAAUUCGGGAGCGCGUGCUGAUCAUGUGGUUCAUGUUCGUCGUGGCGACGAUGAUCUUCUACGGGCUGUCCAUGGCACCCGUGUCCUACAGCGUCAACCCAUUCGUCUACAUGAUGCUCACCGGACUCAUGGAGAUACCGGGGUACACCUUCCCUGCCCCCAUCAUCGCACGCGCGGGGAGGCGCUGGCCCACGGCACUCAGCUACGCCACAAGCGGCGUCUCGCUCGGUCUUCUCGCGUGGACAGCCCCUGAGAUUGUGUGGCUGGUGAUGACACUCGCUAUGAUAGGGAAGCUCUGCAUCAGCAUGGCGUUCCAGAUCAUUUACUUGUACGCCGUGGAGCUGCUGCCAACUGAAAUUCGCUCCACCGGCAUCGGCUCUAUGGUGUUCGUGUCGAGAUUUGGAGCUAUCGUAUCGCCUUUCAUUAUUGACACGUUGGGGAGUUCGGUGCCUUGGGCGCCCUCCUUACUCUUCGGGAUGCUCAGUCUCGUUGCGGUGCCGCUGUGUCUCAGGCUCCCUGAGACGCUCGGCCAGCCUGUCGUGGACACCAUCACGGAGCUCACUCAAGAUAAGGAACUGAAACGAGAAAAAGACGAAAACCUCCUGCGACGAUGAUGAACUCUUAUUGUUCAACUAUAGCUUUCUCCACUUUAAUUUCAUCAUGUCUCGCGACAGUUCAGUUUCCCAAAUAAUACCUUCUGUUCAAAUGAAUGAGAAAAAUUUUCCAAGAGGUCCGUUUCAUUGCGUGGUCAUCUUUUUUUACGUCACAGGAUUGUAAAAUCUUUGUUUCAUCGACUGUUUCUGAUGAUUAUUUUUGACCCGUUCCGAGUAAAUAAGUAAUGUGUACAGUUACAUAAUGUUCUUCUGAGUUGGCGUCCGAAAUUUAUUCAGAAUGGUUAAUAAAAAAGAAAAUAGUUCUAUGUAUUUUUUUGGUGACCGUGAGUUUAAGGUAGGAUGAUUCAUGAGUACUCGAUUAGGUAGCUUUAUGAGGAACAUAAUUUUUCAUAUAUCCGAAUAUUUUGAAACCUGAUCUUAUUAAUGCCACUAGAUUGCUUUGUGAGACAACUUUGAGAGUGUACUCCCAGAAUAGUGACAUAUUACAACGAUAUGAGGGAAGAUUGUAUAGGAUUCACCCAUUGAAUAACCGAGCCGCGGCCAGAGUAGACUCUUCGAAAGAAAUCACAGUCCGUGCCAGGACCAAGGCUCUUUAAUGCCUUGCCAAAAGAGCUGAGAGGAGGGGAGUUCACUCUUCCACCUUUCAAGAGACGAAUGGACAAGUGGUUG